GUCAGUUAAAGUCAGCGUUUAAAUGUUCACCUGGUUUAAGAGGGAGGUAUGUCAGUGUUCACCUACCGGGGGCCAGCAAGGAAUUAACUUUAUGUGAAGUAAUGGUCAACCGCAAUCCUACCGAAAAUAUUGCCCUUCAAAGACCUACUUCACAAUCCUCCACUGAAGGGGGAGGGACACCAAACAGAGCAGUUGAUGGUAAUUCAAAUGGAGACUUUGGCGGGAACUCUUGUACGCACACAGCAAAUGAGAACAAUCCGUGGUGGCGCGUGGACCUUGGCUCUAUUAAACCUGUGUCUGAAAUAUUUAUGGUGAACAGAGCUGAUGCAGGAAAAGAACGACUGAAAAACAUUGAUAUACGAGUGGGUGGAGACAGAUGUGGAGGCAUUUAUACCAUGGAAACUCUCAACAAAAAGUCCUUCUACUGUAAACCGAGAAAGACUGGCCGCUAUGUCAACAUCAGGCUGAUUCACAUGGGAAUACUGACASUCUGUGAAGUUGAAGUUUAUUCCGAGAGCAAAGCCAUCAUAGAUAUUGAUCAGCCAGGCCCCACCGUGGUUCAGGGACUCCCAACCGCUUUGACGUGUCCUGUAUUUGGUUACCCAGAACCCUUUGUGGCCUGGGUACGAGACGGAGUCAUCCAUCAAAACACCACAACCACAUCAGUCUUCAAGGAAAACGAGCUGAACGAAAACCGCAAUCAAUCAAAAUGGGAAUGCAUCGUCUCGAAUAUCCAUGGAUCAGAU